AUGUCUACUUACCCUGCAUCUAACAUUAUUUUAUUUGAUCAAAAUGGUACUCAAUAUACUUAUACAAUUAUUAAAGAAGGAUAUUAUCCUCAAAUUGAUAUACUUUGUUACACUUCUUCUUUAAGUGAUUUAGGGAAUGUACCUACUUCAAAGAUUUUCAGUCUUAGAUUCUUGAAUGAAAGGCGUUGGGAAUUGGAGUUAGGGGACGUUAGUAGAACCUUUACUAACGUUUCUUCAUUUUUUUUAACCGUAAACCUUCUACCUGAACACUUUGAAAGAUUUGAUUGGGAUUUUACUUAA